AUGACAUCGGAAGAGAUGGAGAAGACGAACUCAAAAGGCGAAGAUCUAGCGGCAUCGGUGGACGUACAUGACGCAACGGACGAUCUCUUCGAGAGCGGGGCGAUCGAUCCUGUGUACCAGGCGAAGGCCCGUGUACUGAACCGCGCCAUCCAGGAGAUCGGAAUGGGCAAAUAUCAGUGGUGUCUUUUCGCCGUAGCUGGCUUCGGGUGGUUCGCUGACAGCGUCUGGCCGCUCAUCGGGGGCCUGAUCCUCAGUCCGGUGGUGAACGAAUUUCACUUCAACGGCCCAUUCCUUUCACUGGCGCUGAAUGUCGGUCUCUUCGUCGGCGCGGUGUUCUGGGGUUUGGGAUGCGACAUCUGGGGUAGACGGUGGUCCUUCAACCUCACGCUGCUGAUCGCUGGGAUCUUUGGCCUCGCUGCGGGUGGAUCCCCGAAUUUUGUUACACUGGCAUCCCUCCUUGCGGUCGUUGGGGUGGGCGUGGGCGGGAAUAUGCCUGUUGAUUCUGCGGUGUUUCUUGAUUUCGUUCCAGGCAGCCAUCAGUUCCUCCUAACAAUCCUGUCGAUAUGGUGGUCUAUUGGGCAACUGGUCGCAUCCCUGAUCGCGUGGCCGCUCAUCGCAAACUUCUCCUGCCCUGAGGGGUCAACUUCCUGCUCUCGCUCAGAAAACAUGGGCUGGAGAUAUCUGUUGUACACGCUCGGCGGGAUAACGCUCGUUCUCUGGGCGGCGCGUUUCUUUUUGUUCCACCUCGAGGAGAGCCCCCGGUUCCUCGUUGGUCUUGGGCGCGAUGAGGAGGCGGUCGCUGUAGUUCAUCGGAUUGCUCGGUUCAAUGGGCGCGUAUCGAGCCUUAUGGUGGAGCAGGUCGAGCUCGCGGGAGAGAAGGCGGGUGCAGGCGAGCGUGCGGCGGGUGGGCGGAAGUUGUUGAGUCAGAGCUCGAUGUUUAGCAUGGGGCACAUCAAGGCGUUGUUCGUAACCAGGAGGCUGGCGUGGUCGACGAGUCUGCUCAUAGCGUUGUGGGGUAUUAUCGGUCUUGCGUCGACGCUGUACAAUAGCUUCCUGCCUUACCUGCUCGCAAGCCGCGGUGCGCGAUUCGGCGACAGCACGUAUUACACCACGUACCGCAACGAAGUCAUCCUAGGCGCGAUCGGCGUGCCUUGUGCAUUCCUGGCAGGCUGGUCGGUGGAGCAGCGGUACAUCGGGCGGCGCGGCACGCUGGCGAUCUCGGCGGGGCUCACUAGUGUGUUUCUCUUCGCGAGUACCACCGCAAGGAAUUCGGACGCGCUACUCGGCUGGAACUGCGGCUACGCUUUCUUUAGUAAUAUCAUGUACGGGGUCCUGUACGCCAUUUCCCCCGAGGUGUUCCCCGCCAAGGACCGCGGCACUGGCAAUGGCCUCACUGCAACGGCCACACGCACCUUCGGGAUCAUCGCUCCGGUAAUCGCACUGUACGCCAAUCUCUCGACAGCUGUUUCUGUAUACGUCUCGGGCGCACUGAUCAUAGGUAGCGGCGCGCUUGCGCUGCUCCUCCCGUACGAACCUCGCGGGAAGGCGUCGGUGUGA